CAGGGAUUUAAGCCCUGUUAACGGACUUAACCCGUAGAAGAUAUAUUCUUACAGGUAUCCCCUUGGAAUUUCAGUAGUUACCUGCACAGGUAACCUCCUGUACUAUAUAUAUGCCGAAUUCCGCUUGAAUCCUCACACUUCUCACCAGUCAACCGAGCAAUCGACAUGUCCACGAGCCUCUCCGAAUUCUAUCAAUCCUCUUUGAUUUUCUGGAGCCACCUGAUCCACCUACUGCUGCAGUUCAUCCAGACCAAGUGCUGGAAUCACACCACACAGAAGGAGCAGGAGCAAACGGAACUCAAGGAACCCUGUGCCAUCUCAAGAACCAUGGACGCCUUUGUGGAGGAGCAGCAAAAGCGGGUGCAACGCAAGGCCCAGGAGUACGCCAAAGUGGAGCUACUGCAUCGCCUGCUCGUCCAGCAGCAACUGCAGGAACUGGAGCAGCGCCGACUCAUCCGAUUGGCUCUGGCCAGAAGGCGACUGGACUACUCCAAUUAGACAUAAGCAAUUAUCUCAUAAUUUAUUUAGAUUUAUAAUUUACGCUUAGAUUGUGCCCAAGUAUGCCCAAUUUUUAAUUGGCCACAUAAUUAUGUAAGUGCCAACGAGGCAAAUAAAAAACGCAGAGAGUGCGGAAAUUAAAGACACGUGUUUGCAUUUCUUCUCGACCAACAACGACCAACAAUAUUCGCCUCUUCGAUCAUCAUUAAUUUCCCCCCCACUCACAGAUGCGCUUUCACUUUCCGCUUUCAAAGUCAGCGCUUUUCAGUCGA